AUGAAAGCCGUGUACGUUCUUGCUAUUGCUCUGAGCCUUGCUGUGGCCACCCAGGCAGCACCUCAGUUCCUGUUGGGCACGCUCACCACCCUGUCGCAGACGAUCACCAACUUGGUGACGCAAAUCACGACCCUUCUGAACAAUGUGCUCGUCUCGGCCGGAUCAACCACCCAGUCCGUGCUGUCGUCGGUCGUUUCGAACGCACUGUCCACGCUGUUCGGAUUGGCCAACUCCACCAUCUCGCUGCUGGCCGUGCCACAGAGUGCACUGAGCACGGUUAACACUCUGCUGACCAAUGCGCUCAAUCAAAUUGCAACGGUCGUUGCCGGUGCCGGAACAACGCUAACCACUCUGGUGCCAGCCCUCGGCAAUGUGCAAACCAUUCUGUCCACGCUCGUUGCCAACCUGAGUGCGCUCAAUCUGACGGCCCUGGCGCCACUCCAGUCGACGCUGACCCAGCUGGCGACCACACUCGGCAACGCUGUGACUCAAAUUUCGGGUUAA